CUCCGCGUCCCUUACAGCUCUUUCUCUCUCCUUUCCUUCUUCGUCCUGCAAAUCGUGAGAGCUUUCGUCGCUCAAAGCCCUCGGAGAACAGAAUAAAAAACAUGGCUGCCCCUGCUGCUGGUGACGUCGCCGUCAAAUCUGGGACCGUCAAGGAUGUCUCUCCUCACGAGUUCGUCAAGGCUUACGCCGCCCACCCCAAGCGAUCUGACAAGACUCUGGCUGCUGAGAUCCUAGAUGAAUCUGCUACUUCAGAGGCUUCAAAUUUUGAGCCUCAAAUUGAGCUGCCCCCAUGGAUCGAUAUUGUGAAGACUGGUAAACUGAAGGAACUUGCCCCUUAUGAUUCCGACUGGAUCUACGGAGGAAGCAAGAGGAAUGGAAGCCGUCCCCCUCAUUUCUGCAAGAGCAGCGGUGCUAUUGCUCGCCACAUUCUUCACCAGCUGCAGUUGAAUAACAUUGUUGAACUCGAACCCUCUGGUGGGACGAAGAUCACUUCGAAUGGCCAGAGGGAUCUCGACCAAGUCGCUGGGCGGAUUAUGGUUGCCCAUUGAAUGCUUUGAGCUGGAUAAGUAAAUCAGAUGUAGCGAUUUCUGUGAACUGAAAUUUUGGUUUGUGGAAAUAGAGGGUUUUCUGGGGGAGAACAACGUUUCAAGGUAGGGUUUGUGAGAUCAAAUAGGACUAGUGUUUCGAUUUUGGUGGGUUUCUCAUAGAGGUAACUUCGAAAAACUCAAAAAGAAAUAGCCAUAUAGGAUCUAGGGGAGUUUUAUCCUUCGGAUCUGAAUCGCUGAAGUAUAUAUAUGAACCCUGGAUGAGUUGGCUAGAGACUUUUUCACUUAGUUACAUGCUUCAGAUUCGAGGUUUCGCAAGUGUGUGAGCCCUUUCACCCGUGUCGGGGGACUUAAAUGGAGCAUGAAAUCAUGAGCUCCCCAGCGUGCUUGUUGAAGAGUGAGCCCUUAAUUGUCUCAUAAGCAAGGCUUGGUGAACAAAACCCUCCUGGAGCUCUCAAGUUAUGGGAGAAGCUCGGACCACUUUCCUGAUGAAAAAUGACUUUGUGGCUCGGUUAAGGGAACGCCAAUAGUAUCAUAGCGAAUUUGAGUCAAUAUAAGGCAAUUGUCACUCCUUAACGAAGA